UGGCGGGGGUGUCAAAUCGGAUCGUGGCCGUGGCUGAAGAAAGCAACUCAACCAGCUGCCCUCCCAAAUUUCUCUCCUCUUGCCGACGACUCGGAAAAAAACCGCGGACACCGCGUCCGCUCGACGGAGGGAAGGGGAUGAGCUCCUCGUCGGCGUCGGCUGUGCCGCCGGAGGACGACGUCUGCUCGGUCUGCCACGACCGCUUCCGGAUCCCCUGCCAGGCCAACUGCUCCCAUUGGUUCUGCGGAGAGUGCAUUAUCCGUGUUUGGAAUCAUGGACCUUCUGUACAGCCUUGCAAGUGUCCCAUUUGCCGUCGCCUUAUUAAUCUUCUGGUACCAGCAAAUGUAUCAAUAGAUAAUGAUGAUGAUCCGCAAAUUCAGCAUGUUCUAGGAGAGGUUCAGCAUUACAACCGCAUAUUUGGUGGAACACCCCGCAACCUGACUCAGAGGUUGCAAGACCUACCCUUUUUCAUCAGAAGACUGUUCAGGGAACUACUGGAUCCCCAGAGGACCCUCCCACUUGUCUUCAGGGCGAGGAUGGUCAUGAUGGUAGCCCUGAGUGCAAUUUAUGUCCUGAGCCCCAUCGACAUUCUUCCUGAAAACGUGCUGGGGCUGUUUGGAUUCUUCGAUGACUUCCUCGUGCUGCUGAUCGUGUUCCUCCACCUUGCUGCUGUCUACCGUUCUCUGCUGCUCUACCGCCACGGAGGCCACUGAAUUGCUGCUGCACAUUACGUGAUGGCAGAUGGAGUACUUGCGUCCCUGGCUGACGUUCUGAGACAAGAGAUAUUUCAUUUGUGCUGGAAGAGAUUGCUAGCUAAAGUCGAUGAUGAUUGAUGGUACGAAUGAUGGCGGCAGUAGUUUCUCUCCCCCUGUGUAUUCUAUUUCGCUAUGCUAUGCCUUGUUUGGUGAUAUUCACAUGGUGGAUUUAAUGAGACCGAUUGCUUUUUCUUUAGUUUGAUAUAUAUACUCACACGAGAUUAGCAAAUAGCAACAACAGUGAGCACUUGUUCAUC